AAGGCACCAUAAUUGAUUUUAAUUUGCAAAAUUCUAUCAUUUUUCUGACAUCACGUUUACUUCAACUUUUUUUGCAUAUUUCACGCGAAUGCAUGUAUAACCGAAACAGUUCCACAACUGUCGAUCAUCCCGAUUCUGUAGCUUAUAUUGACAAUAGCUUUAUGGAAAACUUGAUUAUUGCGUUAGAUACAGUGGAACAACUUAUCAAGCUUCUUUGUUGUCAGUGCCCAGAUGCAUCUGCAUUUUUCCUUGAAUCUGUAAUACAACAAUCACGACUGUUUCCGUCCAAUUUCAUAUUAUCUCCGUUUAUUGUUUCUUGUUUGAAUGGCUUACAAUUUAUUCUUUCUGAAAAUGAACCUGUUAUUUCAUGGGGUAACAAAACCUUACCUCUUAUUGCUUUAGAGUUGAAUGGAGCUGAAGGUCGCAACUUCGAGGCGGUAAUAACCCGAUUAAAACAAAUGUAUAUUCAGCAUCGCCAUAUAGAAAACACAAAUGUUAAAACAGGAAAUGAUGCACCAGCAGGAAUUUCCGUGACAUCGAAACUGCCUGCAUCUAUGACAACCUUAUGCUUGUCAACUAGAAUCAAUCUUCCCCAAGAAAUGCGAAACUAUUUAAAUAUUGGAACAUUUCCGUUUUCUCUUGUUAUCAAAAUUCCUCUAGUUAAAUCAUCACCUGUGAAAAAAUUAAGCGAUCAACCACCUUUAAUAGAGGAUGAGUGUCACAGUUUCAUUUCACAAAGGCGCUUAGGGCGUUUAUCAAUGGGAAAUACUUCUGAUCUGCUAUCCUUCUCAGUAUUUGAUCCCGAAUCAAAGAGUUGUUUUGAAAAAAAAGAACAAACAUCUCAAUCCAUAGAAGCGAAAUCGGAUAUGAAUGUAGAAUGGACUUCUUGGGACCGUGUUUGGGAGCUACUAAACAACUCUUUGGGUGAGGAGGCUAUUGAAACUGCAAUAGGAUCAAACUUUUCACCCACAAUGCUUCUUGGGUUAUCCGUUAAUGAUAUUUUGCAGUCUACGAAUUCUGCAGCUUGUGUGAAACAAAUGAUGCAACAAAUUAAUAAGGAACAAGUUAAUCCUGACAAAGCUCAUUCUGAAACACUUUACAAAAUUCUUCGCCGAUAUAAACAAUUAAAUAUAGAAAAUAUUGGAGAAUUUAUUGAAAUAUUGCUUAUGGGAGUCUAUACUUCAAAUCAUUUACUACAUGCUUCCGUAUCUAAAACACUCUCUAUUUUAAUUGAAACAAACGGGCCUCCUAUAUUUGAUCUUAUACUUCAAACUGCUCACUCUAUAGCAAAAAAUCUAUACAAACAUCUUUUACUUGACGUGAAAGAUAAUAAAGCCACUAGUGUGUCCCGCUUACUCGUCUUAUCUAGAUUACUGAUUUUAAUUGAUUCAACUUUAAAUUUUUUAACAGACCCUUCAAUUGAAGCAUCUUUGUGUUUUUUAAAAAUAGCAUCAGCAGGAUUGCAAACACUUCAGAACGUUCCGAUGCUGGAUGACUCAUGGUCUAAGAUACCUAUUUUCAUCUGUAUAUUUGACUGUCUUCUUCCUUUAUUUAGCCGUUUACUGUCAAGCGGCAUUAAAAUUCUAUCAUUUGAUUAUUUUGCAUUCACUUCGACAAGCAACAUUACGAACAAUACUCCAAGUUCACAUAACCAGAAUCGAAUAAAUGAUCAAGAAAAUGAUAAAUUUAUGCGGUCAUUAAAAUACUCAAACCAGUUUAAAAUAUUUUUACAGAAACAAAGUGUGUUUCAGGAUGAAAACCCAAGUUUGAUUCAAGCAUCUCGUUCUUCUAAUAAAAUCUCAUCCGAUCCUUCUUAUGCUUCCAAUAUAUCGCAAGGAUAUCAAAAGUCAUUACGAACUUGCUGCACAGGGCUUUCCACAAUCAUUAACCAAUUACCCAUUGCAUACGAUACUUAUAAGAGAGAAACUAUUUUAACAGACCAACUAGCCACAUCUCAUGCAGACUGGUCCGGUUUAUCCUUGUCAGUCGUCAUACAAAUUUUGACGCUUUUUGAGGAAAUAAGCAGACACCCCAUUCUUAGAUUACUAUCGUUUUACAAAUUUCAGGAAGACUUUCUACAAAUAGCAUUCACGUACACCAAAUCACAUGACACUCUCAUCUCUAAUCCGCAAUUUAUCACUGGAGAGCCUGAGGCAACUAUACAAUUAAACGGUAUCUUUUCGUCUGUUUUCGAAUUUUUUACUCAUAUAUUGCCUGAUGUCGAAAACAACCUGGAAAAUGUUAAUUUUGAAAAAGUGCUUGAGGUUGCGUCUUACCUUGUCAAGAUUUGUUCCACCUUAAUAAAUGAUUCAAAUCUAUACUCUGUUCAACUUCUUUUAUCUUUAGGGUUCAGUAAUCUUUCUGCAGAUGCGGCACCCGAUCAAUCUAGUUUGAUCCAUGAAAAGUCCACAACGGUUCAAGAUCUAAACAACACAUCACAAAUCCAGACAGAAAUUAUUCUUGAGGAAUCAUCAACAAAAGGAGUAUUAUUAUAUACAUUGCUUACCUUUUUGACUUUGUUAAAUCGCCAUUGUAGUAAUAUAAAUUCAUCAAUUAUUGAGAAAAACAAGAGUAUUGUACACCGCAUAAAUGCGCUGAUCCAACAAAUAAAUGAUAUAGAAACCUACGUUAGUAAUAACAGUGCUACGAAUCUACUCCCCACUAAAUUAGACUUGUCUGACUUGUUUUCUUCAACUAGAUGUCACGAACACAAUCUUGACGCAAACAUGUUUUUUUUUGAUCCUGGAGUUGUUAGCUUGUUACACACAUUUUCUAGGGAAGAAAAGUUUACCACAAAACAUUGUACCACUUCAUCACGAGCUAUUUUAAAUUUAGCAAUAUAUUUGAAAAGUGACUCAUUGUGGAGAAUGUCUUCAGUUCUUGAAAAACUCACGGCCCCUUUUGCUAAUGACUCAACGGAACCUUCAGACGAAGUACUAAGCGAUGAUCCUCCAUUAAAAUGUUUGUCCCAUGUGGUUUGGUCUCAAAUAGCCAAUAACAAGGUUUUAACAAAUGAAGCUGGACCAACGUCGUUUCUUCGGGACACUUUAUCUUUGGCUAUUACAAAAAAUCAAACAACGACUUCUCGAGUGAAUACUGUAACACCCGUUUUGAACGAAACCGUGGCCACUGAUACAUUUCGAGCACGUCGCGGUCCUUCAUCUAGAGCACCGUCAAAACACGUCGAUGAAUUUCAAGCUCAACAAUUAAAAAAUGACACCGUUUAUAAAGGGAAGCAAAAUUUAGCGACCUCCGACUCUUCAUUGGAGGGGUCCCUUGACGUCAUUCCUGAAUGGAGGGAAUUUGUUUUAAGUGGGAAAGAAAGGGGACUUGAUGUUAUGGGCAUACUUAAGAGUCCUCAAGUUUUACAAGAUCCGUGUCUUGAAUCUCGAUUUAGAUCUCUUGUUGAAUUACAUCCGAGUAUUAAAACACUAUUUAGCAUGAUGGAAAUUGACACUGGAUUAUCAUAAAACUGUUAAACGUUUCCCUAACAAAGCUAGACAUCAACAGCUUUGCCUUUCCUUAACUUACCCCGUCUAUAUUUUGUCUUUAUAAUAGAAAAUAAUUCUUAGGAUAUUUUGCUUUAUGUCUUUUUUUAUAAUAUCAUAAUGAAUUAUCUCAACUGUUUUGUAGCUUAUUGGUAUGCUUUUUUAAAACGUUACUAAAAUAAAGUCUUACUACCAUACAUGUUUCCAAGUCACACUUAUCAUUUUAACGGAUACUGAUGUGAUUGUA